AUGGUCUCGGAAAACACAGCGUCUUCACAGAGAUGUGACAAGAAAGAAGAGGGACAGAUCCCAGAGCAAGUGGGAUGGUGGUUCUCAAUGAGACCGGAGGAAGAGGCAGGGCAGAGCCACCCUGGCCUGGGAAACCGAGGUCACCAAGCCCGCAGUGUUUCCGUGAAUGAGCUGAAGAGCCAUGACGGUGAUCCGGAUGGUCAUGGCCUCUCCCUGGAGAAGAGGGGUGAUGUGGAAGGCUGUGCCUCUGCCCUGGGGGCUGGAAUCACAGUAGCCAUAGACUGUUGUCUUGUAAUGUUCGCCCUUUUGGCCCAGAGCAUGCCUCAAGGAGAUGACACACCCCGGAGACUGUCCAAGACUGGAACAAGCCUCUACGCAGUACUGGAACUAAAGAAAGGUGCCCGGCCUGAAGAGGUCAAAAAAGCCUACAGCCCUUCUCGGCCACUUCCUACACCUCCCCCACUGUCCUUUGGGUAUCGCCUGGGUAGGAAACUGGCCCUGCAAUAUCACCCCGACAAGAAUCCAGGGGACACUCAAGCAGCAGAAUUCUUCAAAGAGAUCAACACAGCCCAUGCUGUACUCAGUGACCCUACCAAAAGGAAAAUCUACGACCAGCAUGGCUCACUGGGAAUAUACCUAUUUGAUCAUUUUGGUGAAGAAGGCGUCAGAUACUAUUUUAUUGCCAACAGCUGUUGGUUCAAGACACUCGUCAUCCUUUGCUACCUCUUGACUUGCUGCUGUUGCUGCUGCUGCUGCUGCUUUUGCUGUGGAUAUCUUAUUCCACCACCUGAAGAAGUUCACUGGAAGCAGCAGAGAAACGUCUGUACUCAGCCCACCAGAGCAGGAGCACAGUGCACGGUUAGAAUAGAUGAAGACAGCGAUGACUAA